AUGACUUCCUCGGCUUUAACAGUUCAAAGUUUGGCUGAAUCUAUUUAUGAAGAUAUGAUGACAAAUAUCAUCAGGCAGGUAACGCUCAACACGGUCUCUCGCUACAGAACAUUACAGCAGUGUGUAGAAGGAGAUUACUUCGAUGCAAUUUCCCCCACAAGAUCUACUGGAAACAGAGAUAUCUUCGGUAAUGAUAAGACAAAGCUCAAGAACUCGGAAACGUCGCGAUAUUUCGAAUGCGGGAAAUGUGGAAGACAAAUUGCUGGCGGGCGUUUCGCUCAGCACAUAAACAAAUGCCUUGAAAGAGGUCGGAGAUGA